GACUUAAAUACUAUCUACUCUUUCCUUCAUGGACUGGACAUACUCUCGCAUUUUCGGGAACAUCAGCUAAGAAUAAUGUCGUCCAGUGCCCGCUAUGAGAGGUACAAGGGCAACCAAGUUCUUUUCUGCUCAGAAACUAUUGCAAGAUGCUGGUAUAUCCUGCUUUCUGGAUCUGUGCUCAUGAAGGAUUCAAUGUUUUUACCACCUUGCAGUUUUGGCAAGCAGUCUGGAGGAAAACGAGGAUGCGAAUGUAUCAUAUUGGAACCUUCAGAAAUGAUUGUGGUGGAGAACUCCAAAGACAAUGAGGAAAACAUCUUGCAAAGAGAAGUCCCGCUCCGGCAGUCGCGGCGGAGGUACAGGAAAAUCAACCAGAGGGGAGAACGUCAGACCAUCACGGACAAUGUGGAUUCCAGCAGCUACAUGUCGCUUCCAGCUGACCUUACCAAGAUGCAUCUCACGGACAAUCCUCAUCCUCAGGUGACUCACGUCCCCUCCAGCCAGUCGGGGUGUAGCAUUGCCAGUGACUCUGGGAGCAGCAGCCUGUCUGAUAUUUAUCAGGCUACAGAAAGUGAGAUGGGAGAUGUCGAUUUAACGGGUCUUCCAGAAGCACCUGUAGACUCUGAAGAUGAAGAAGAGGAGGAGGAUGAAGAUAUUGACAGAACUUCUGAUCCACUUCUGGGGCGAGAUGUUGUCCGAGAGUGCCUUGAGAAAGAGCCUGCAGAUAAAACUGAUGAUGACAUUGAGCAAUUAUUGGAAUUUAUGCAUCAGCUGCCUGCCUUUGCGAACAUGACCAUGUCUGUGAGGAGGGAGCUGUGCUCAGUGAUGAUCUUUGAAGUCGUGGAGCAAGCAGGAGCCAUCAUACUUGAAGACGGCCAGGAGCUUGAUUCUUGGUAUGUUAUUUUAAAUGGCACAGUGGAAAUCAGCUAUCCUGAUGGGAAGAGUGAGAGUCUCUGUAUGGGAAAUAGCUUUGGGAUUACUCCCUCUCUGGAAAAGCAGUACAUGAAUGGAGUGGUCAGGACCAAAGUAGAUGAUUGUCAGUUCGUGUGUAUAGCCCAGCAAGACUACUGGAGGAUUCUGAACCAUGUGGAAAAGAACACUCAUAAAGUGGAGGAAGAAGGAGAAAUUGUGAUGGUAAAGGAGCACAGGGAGCUGGAUCGCAGUGGAACCAGAAAAGGACACAUAGUUAUCAAGGCAACACCCGAGAGACUCAUCAUGCACUUAAUAGAGGAACAUUCUAUUGUGGAUCCAACCUACAUCGAAGAYUUUCUUUUAACAUACAGAACAUUUCUAACAAGUCCCUUGGAAGUUGGAAAUAAACUCUUGGAAUGGUUCACAGUGGACAGCCUCAGGGAUAAGGUUACCAGAGUAGUCUUAUUGUGGGUGAACAAUCAUUUUAAUGACUUUGAAGGAGAUCCUGCCAUGACUCGAUUCCUGGAGGAAUUUGAAAAGAACUUGGAGGAUACGAAAAUGAAAGGCCAUCUUAGAUUGCUGAAUAUUGCCUGUGCUGCCAAAGCAAAAUGGAGACAAAUCACCCUGCARAAACCUUCCAGAGAUUCUCCUCUGUUUUUCAGCCUUCUUGGAGGCAGUGAYAAGGGGUUUGGUAUUUUUGUAGAAACUGUGGAGAUAGGCAGUAAAGCAGCAGAAGCUGGACUUAAACGUGGUGAUCAGAUAAUGGAAGUAAACGGACAGAAUUUUGAGAACAUUACCUUUGUGAAAGCUUUGGAAAUCUUAAGAAAUAACACACAUCUCUCCAUUACUGUAAAAACAAACAUUUUUGUGUUUAAGGAGCUGCUCUGCAGGAUAGGACAGGAGAAGAAUGGAAUUCCACAUAUUCCAAAAAUUGCAGAAAAGAAAAACAACCGUUAUUCUAUCCCAGAUAUGCCUGGAGAUGUGGAACAGAUGUUUCCCCGUGAAAAAGGAAACAAGAAAAUGAAAGCAAAYACAGUAUCUGGUGGGAGAAACAGAAUCAGGAAAAUUUUAGACAAGACCCGUUUCAGCAUCUUGCCUCCAAAACUGUUCAGCGAUGGCAGCGUGAGCCAGUCGCAGGAUGACAGCAUCGUGGGGACGCGSCAGUGCCGCCACAGCCUGGCCAUCAUGCCCAUUCCAGGCACCCUCUCGUCCAGCAGCCCUGACCUGCUGCAGCCCACUACCAGCAUUCUGGAUUUCUCCAAUCCUUCAGCUGUUGGGUUUUACUAUAUUCCAGAUCAAGUGAUACGAGUUUUCAAAGCAGAUCAGCAGAGCUGUUACAUCAUCAUCAGCAAGGACACCACAGCCAAGGARGUGGUGAGCCAUGCUGUGCACGAGUUCAACCUGACAGGAGCCCCCGAGACCUACUCCCUGUGCGAGGUGUCCGUCAGCCCCGAGGGGGUCAUCAARCAGCGCCGGCUCCCCGAUCAGUUCUCCAAGCUGGCUGACAGGAUUCAGCUCAAUGGACGGUAUUAUCUGAAAAACAAUAUGGAGACAGAGACCUUAUGCUCAGAUGAGGAUGCUCAAGAGCUGCUCCGAGAGAGCCAAAUUUCCCUGCUGCAGCUGAGCACCAUCGAGGUGGCCACGCAGCUUUCCAUGCGGGACUUUGAGUUAUUCCGCAACAUCGAGCCCACGGAAUACAUCGAUGACCUUUACAAGCUGGACUCCAAAACAGGGAAUGCUCACCUGAAACAGUUUGAGGAUGUCAUCAAUCAAGAGACCUUCUGGGUUGCCAUGGAAAUUUUAGCMGAGCCCAACCAGCUCAAAAGAAUGAAGAUUAUUAAGCAUUUCAUUAAAAUUGCUCUCCACUGUCGAGAAUGCAAGAACUUCAAUUCCAUGUUCGCGGUGAUAAGUGGCUUGAAUCUUGCACCAGUAGCUCGUCUCAGAGGCACUUGGGAAAAGUUACCCAGCAAGUAUGAAAAGCACCUCAGAGACCUUCAGGAUCUUUUUGAUCCAUCUCGAAAUAUGGCAAAGUACCGCAACAUCCUCAGCAGCCAGAGCAUGCAGCCUCCAAUUAUCCCACUUUUCCCUGUUGUCAAGAAAGAUAUCACAUUUCUGCAUGAAGGCAACGAUUCUAAAGUGGAUGGCCUGGUAAAUUUUGAGAAACUCCGGAUGAUUGCCAAAGAAAUUCGCCAAGUUGUCCGGAUGACGUCGGCAAACAUGGAUCCAGCAGUGAUGUUCAGACAAAGGAAGAAGAGGUGGAGAAGUUUGGGGUCUCUGAGCCAGGGCAGCACGAACUCGAACAUGCUGGAUGUGCAGGGAGGUGCUCACAAGAAACGCGCCCGCCGCAGCUCGCUGCUCAACGCCAAGAAACUCUACGAGGAUGCCCAGAUGGCCAGGAAGGUGAAGCAGUACCUGUCCAACCUCAAUGUGGAGACUGACGAAGARAAGAUUCAAAUAUUGUCACUUCAGUGUGAGCCUGCAUACAGCACUUUGACMAAGAAUUUAAGUGAGAGAAGAGGAGGGAAAUCCUCCGAAAUGUCUCCAGUGCCCAUGAGAUCAAUUGGCCAAACCACUAAAGCCCAUCAGCAUCAACAAAACCGAAUGAGUCAAGUUCUUCAGGUCCCAACUGUGAAUUUGUACCCCAGCAGGAAAAAGGGGCUGACAAAGGAUCAUGUCACAUUCAGUACGGGCUCUCCACAGAAGUCAUUAAGCUUGACUGAGGAAGGAAGUAGUAAGAAACAAACAGAUGACACUAUGUCCAUGGCAUCUUCUUUGCACUCCAGCCCACCUGCUUCUCCUCAGGGCUCCCCACGCAAAGUUGGCAACAUCCAAAGGUCUGAGAACUGCAGUCAGAUGAAUCUCUCUGGCUCUUCCUCAUCACUGGCCAGUGAAACCAGCAACAAGAACAGUGGACAGCGCAGCUACGGAAUAGGCUACGCCCUCAUACCCUCCACUAAAUCCGACAACUUCUCGGACUCCAGUCACAGUGAGAUUUCCUCCCGCUCCAGCAUCGUCAGCAACUGCUCCGUGGACUCCAUGUCAGCAGCACUGCAGGAUGAGAGGAGCCUGUCCCAGUCCCUCAUUGUGGGGGAUUCAGGYGGGGCAGAGAGGAAGGAGCAUCCUCAGCCUCUGUCAGAGUACGGCCAGCCCUGCCCAGGCUGGUCCAUCACUAGGCCUGCUCUGAUCCGAGGGAUGGCGUUCACCUCUUCCAUGAGCAGCGAGGAGAUCUCCCACGAGCACAUCACAGUGGAGGCGGCAGACAGCGGCCGGGGAAGCUGGACUUCAUGCUCAAGUAGCUCUCAUGACAAUUUCCAGAAUAUCCCAAACCAGAAAAGCUGGGAUCUCCUCAAUUCCUACCGUCCCACRCAGCUGGACGGACCCAUAGCCGAAGUGGAUCCCACAAACUGUUACUCUGAGGAGGGGUAUUUGUAUUCCGAAGCCUUUUCCAAAGCCAACAGGCAAUCAAAAGCCAGCGUGGAGCUCGAUCAGUCCCGGCAGAGCUGGGCCUCCUCCAGCUCCCUGUCAGACACCUACGAGACAAACUAUGGGACAAUCAAGCGCAGGGGGCUGGAGAACUCCACRGCGGAGCAGACGGAGGGUUUGGACUCUAAAGCAGGCGCUGAUACAGCUUACAAAACUGUUACAUCCAGUACAGAAAAAGGCCUGAUAGUGUACUGUGUCACCUCACCUAAGAAGGACGAUAGGUAUAGGGAGCCACCGCCCACCCCUCCGGGAUAUAUGGGGAUUUCUUUAGCGGACAUAAAGGAAGGAUCGCCCCACCACCCACACCUCAAACCUCCAGACUAUAGUGUGGCAGUGCAGAGGUCAAAGAUGCUGCACAGUGACCUCUCUAGACUUCCAGCAGCUGCUGUCGGUAGUGACCCGGUGGCCUGUGUCUCCUCGAGGAUGCCUCAGUGGCACGGCCGGCAGCCGUCCAGCCCCAGGCUAGCAGAGCUGCCUGACGCAGAUAGUGAAGAGGAUGAAGAUGAACAAGUAUCAGCAGUUUAACCCUUGGGCUCUGUGUGUGAGCCACUCACAACACAAGGGACGUGGGGAGAAGGACUCAUGGUUCCGUUAGCGACCGCUGACCACUUGCUGCUACUGACCUCAGACCUUGCCUCUGUCACAGACCAGAUGGAACGGGUUGGAUCACCUCUCUACACCUUCCUUCACUCUGCCACCACACCACAGAAGCUAUUUCUGCCUGUGGAACAGAAAAUCCUGUUCAAGGAGUGUGCUGACUGCCUGGAUGCCAUCAUGGGUACCCAGAGAUGGACCGAGCCUGGUGCGUUGGGGGAGGACCAGUUGUCACCACCACUUGAAACCUGGAAGCAUUUUUCUGUAUGAUACCAUAUAAUCCUUUGGUAGUUUCCAUUGUCAUUAUUUUCUACAUGACCGUUAGAAGUCUGAGAGUGUUAUUUUACAAACUUUAAAAAAAAAAAAAAAGCUAUCAAAAUGUCAGCAAAAGCGAAGGACGUUGCUGAAGUAUCUGAAAAUAAUUUAUUAAUUUAAUUUUUUUUAAAUGGGAAUUUCCUUUAUUUGCGUUGGGAGUGCUCUGGUUGGCUAAUAUAAAUGUUUAGUCAAUGUGGCAGUAAAUUAGCUGCACAUCAACUGUUGUGCUCUYGAAAUAAACACAGAAAAGUAGAAAYGGGCCAUUACAGGUGAAGAAAUUUAUAGAUUUUAGAGUGGGUUUAGAUUUAAUAUGAGUAGAGCCCAAAGCCCUGCAGAGCAGUGUGUCAGGCCAGCACUCCUGCUGCUCCCGUCCCACACAGACACAGCAGAAAUCUACUGUCCUCUAAGGAUUUUUAAUUUUUUUUUUUUUAAUUCUCUAGUUGCCAGCCAACUAAGACAAUAGUUGGUGCUCUCCUCCCUUCUUAAGGAAUGUUUGAAAUGUGGAAGCUGUAGCUUAUGGGGAGCAUUUGGGGAGAUCUGAAGCUCUCCCAAAAGAUUUUUAACCAGGUUUUGCCCUGCAGAGUUCAACAUSCAAAGCAUGUUCUAAAACUCAAAACUCAGCUGUGUGUUGUGGUUUUUAUGAUCAUCCCACACAUCCUGGCCUUUUCCCAGAGUUGCACAGGAUUUAGGUGCAAAGGUUAUCUUUGAAAAAAAUAAUAAAAUAAUUAUAAAUCACCUACCUUUCACAAUAAAAUUUGUGAAACUGAUUAAUAAAURAGAGAGUGCUUAUAGAAGAGCCUAAUGCAUUUUAUGAUGGAUUAAAAAACCCUGUGGUGUAUAUCAGGAAAAUACAGAUGAUCUCAAACCAUUUUGUUUUAAAUCCUAGUUAAAAAUCCUGGUGUCGUUGAUGUCAAUGAGAGUUUUGACUUACAGCCAACCAGUAUUAACCCAUGAUCCUCUAGUUUGACUGUARUCAAAAGAAUUGCUUCUUUGAUGUAAAUUUAGCCAGCCAGAGUGCAGAGGGGUAGAACUGGAAAUACCUACAGGUUUUUCUUUCCUAACUUUCUUUUCUUUCUCUCUUUACUUUCUUUCUUUUCUUUUUCUUUCUUUUUUGUCUCUCUUUCUUUCUGUACAUGACACCCCAUUCUAGUGUUAAAACCAGACAUGAAUGUGUGAAUAUGUAUUUAAACAUUUAAUUGUAAAUCUUUGUUGUGAUGUUUACAGCCURAGCUAGAAAGAUGAUGUUUGUCAUUUUUACAGUGCCUCAAAACUGAUUUCUAUAUCCAUAGUUGUGAAAAGCUUUAAGGGUUUUUUUUUUUUAACCUGUAUGUGUGCAGGGGUGUGAGGUGAAUGCAACAUUUUUGGAAAAUGCCACAAGUACCAAAAACAACCCAAAGCCUUUGAUGUGCUUUGUUCAUAGCAGCUCGGGGCUGAUGCAGCCAGGUGGAUGUGAAUGACCCAGCCUGUGUCUGCCCUCAGAGCAGUGCCAGGUCCAGCAUUGCCUGCAAUGUUCCUGUACUCCUUGGAAUUGGGAAGGUGCAAAUGAACAGUGAUGCUGAGGAAGGGGAUGCUUAAUUUAUAAACUCAUUGGUUGGCUGUUUCUUGAAUUUUUGGCACAAGUAUCUGAGAAGCAAAUGGUUGAAAAAAUACAUUAAAAUCCACUUGAGGUAUGGCAUAAUAAAUGCAUUUUGCUUUCUCGAGGCCUUAAUGAAUAUAAUGAACCUGCACAGGCCUUAAUGAGUAAAGGUUAAUGUGUCAAAGCAAUGCAGGCAGAACAAGURUUUUCAGCACAUGCAAUAUUGAUAAUAGAACUGUUGAACUGAUAUUCCUGUGGGAUGUAAAUCCUGGUCUUGCCAUCCCACCAUCAGCUGUAGUUCCUCGUUAACUUCUACAUGGAAACAGCAGGCUUUGUGGUCCGUCAGAAAAUCAUCUGCCUUGUGCCAGGUGAAUGAAACCCUACAAUUCCUUGGCCUUGGACGGGGAGCUGCAGCUGAUCCCAGCCUGUUGAACAAAACUAUAGGGGAUGGGGGUUACUAAAGUGGCUUCCUUUCCCCCCAAAACCCAGUAGUGCUGCCUUUGAGGAUGCAGGGAAGCCCCUGUGGGGAGCAGGAUCAGGGUCUCCUGGCAGCCAGCAAGAGCAGCUGAAUCAAUCACCCAUCCARCCAUGGUGUUUGGUGGUGUUUGCACAUCAACAGCAUCCGUCUGUUCCACAGGGCUUGGCACACACUGAGGAGUUGUGGAAUGAGUGAAAGUCUCGCUAAUCAUAUUCUCCUAAUAGCCACCACAGCUGGUGUACAUAAAUCAUGCAUAAACCAUGGACACAUGAGCUAUUCCUGCUUCUCCUGCCUCGCACUGUGUGGCUUUCUGCUGCUCCUUGCUGGGCUUUUUGUUUGUUUGUUUGUUUGUUUGUUUUUAACUCAACCGAUCACAUUGAUUGGGGCCAAUAGCCAAAUGUAUUGUGUCUGGUGUGGGUUUGAAGAGACAUUAUCCCUUUUUUUUGAUAAUUCAGGCAGAAGCAAGCUAGUGGUUAGUACCUGUUGUGCACUGCUUUGUUGAAGUGAUGUCGUCUGGACCACAGACCCUGACUUGGUACCUCUGCCAGGUUCUUCUGGCUCAGGCUCUGAUGCUGAUGAACAGUUAUGGUGCCUCACGUUGUGUUCUUCCACUGCCAUACCUGGGUUUGCUCACUCCCUUCUCGUCGUUUGCUCCUGACUUCUUGGUGAAAGAUGCAUUUCAGAUUUUUGUGAUUGAAGCACACAGUGUUUCGUUAUAAAUCUCAAAUUUCCAAUUAAUUCCUGAGAAUUUGUGCAGUGUAGUUUGGUAAAACUGAAUUAGCCUCUCCAGUUGCAGACAGGGCAAAAUGAAGUCACUGAACCUCUGAGCACUGGGUUUAUCUCCUAAAUACACAAAAGAAUGGAAAGGCAAUGACUCUGGAUGUUUGCAGCUCACAUUUCUGCAAUGUGGACACAUUUUGGGUGUUCGCCAACAAUGUGAGGCCUUCCUGGCUCCUUCCUUUUGCCUUUACUCAGAUGAGUUUGUGGGUGCGGCCUCACCUCGACUCUUGUGUGUGAAUUUUGGGCACCACAAUGUGAAAAAGACAUGAAGCUAUUGGAGAGCAUCCAAAGGAGGACACGAGGAUGGGGAGAGGUAUGGAGAGGGGAAGCCUUACGAGGAGUGCCCAGGCCACUUGGUCUCUUCAGCCUGGAGAAUAGGGGAGAGAGAGCUCAUUGCAAUCUGCAGCAUCCCCCUGAGUUCUGAGUUCAUCUGUUCACUCUCAUAACCAGUGACAGUCCCGAGGGAAUGGCCUGAAGCUGUGUCAGGGCARGUUUAGGCUGAGCRUCAGGAARAG